AUGCCUGCUCCUCAGACGGGCCACUUCAAGCUACUCCAGAGGUUCAAGCCAGACUAUUCGCCGAGCGAGUUCGUCCAAUAUGAAUCGCAGAGAACAGGCAUGACGGUGGUUGUCAUUGAUCAGAAAGGUCCAAAGGUUAAUGGAUAUUUCGUCCUAGCAACAGAGAUCCAUGAUGACUCCGGAGCACCUCACACCUUAGAGCACCUGGUCUUUAUGGGGUCGCGGAACUACAGGUACAAGGGAUUCCUCGACAAACUUGCAACACGGUUCUACUCAAACACCAACGCGUGGACGGCCACGGACCAUACGGCGUAUACAUUGGACACGGCGGGCUGGGAAGCUUUCUCGCGCAUGCUCCCUGUCUAUUUGGAGCAUGUGAUCGCUCCAACGCUGACGGAUGAAGGCUGCUACACCGAGGUUCACCACAUAGAUGGCACGGGUAAUGAUGCGGGAGUCGUGUACUCGGAAAUGCAAGGAGUGCAAAACAAUGCUGCCGAGCUUAUUGACUUGGAGGCACGCCGGUUGACUUACCCUGAAGGCGUAGGGUUCCGCUACGAGACCGGGGGAAUGAUGGAGCAACUCCGUGUCCUCACAGCCGAGAGAAUCAGGGCUUUCCAUCGUGAAAUGUACCAACCCAAGAAUUUGUGUCUGAUUAUCACGGGUGAGGUCGACCAUGCCAACUUGUUGGAGACGCUAGAUCGAUUUGAAGACACCAUCCUUGAUGUCAUUCCCAGUCCGAAUUCGCCAUUCAAGCGACCCUGGGUUGAUUCGAAGCAAGCCCCUCCUCUAUCUCAGUCAGUGGUCAGAACGGUGGAAUUUCCGGAGGAGGACGAGUCUUAUGGAGAGCUAGAGAUUCGGUUUCUAGGUCCAGACAGCACUGACCCUGUGCAAACCGGUGCUGUCAAUGUUAUCCUACUUUAUCUGGCCGGUUCAUCUGCGUCUCUUUUGGAUAACAUUCUUGUCGAAAAAGAACAGCUUGCAAGUGCUGUGUACUACGCUACCGACGACCGCCCUAGUCUCGAGAUCCGCUUCACUUUGACCAGUGUGGAGACAAAGAAGUUGGCUCAAGUUGAGAAGCGGUUCUUCGAAGUCCUGAAGGAUGCGAUGAGCAAGGACCUGGACAUGAAAUACUUGCACGAAUGCAUUGAUCGUCAAAGACGGACUUGGAAAUUCUCUACGGAAAGCUCCGCAUCUUCGUUUGCAGAGUAUGUUAUCUCGGACUUCCUCUUCGGGAAAAAGGACGGCUCGACCUUGCUGGAUGUUGCUUCUCUGAAAGAAUACGAGAUUCUAGAAAAGUGGACGCAGGAUGACUGGCGUGAGUUUAUCAAGAAGUGGAUUUCGGAUGCGCCUCAUGUUACGAUUCUGGGCACUCCAUCUUCGAAGAUGUCAGAGAGUUUGAAGAAGGAUGAAGAAGCGCGAGUCGCAGCGCAAAAGGAAAAGCUGGGCGAGGAUGGCUUAAAGAAGCUGGCUGAAAAGCUUGAGAAGGCCAAAGCCGAGAACGACAAGGAAAUCCCUAGGGAGAUGCUUGAGCGCUUCAGGAUACCAGGAAUUGAGUCCAUCCAUUUUGUGGAAACAAUGACCGCCAGGUCUGGAGCUGCUCUGCACCUCGGCCGUCAGAACAACAAAGCUCAGCAAAUUGUGGAUGCUGAUGGGUCAGAUCUGCCGUUGUUCAUUCACUUCGAGCAUAUUCCCAGCAGCUUUGUUCAAUUGUCUCUUCUCAUCUCGGCGGCGUCUAUCCCGGUGCAGCUGCGUCCACUUUUGUCUGUGUACAUGGAAGCCUUCUUUAACCUUCCAGUUGAGCGUGAUGGCAAGACCAUCGACUUUGAGCAGGUUGUUGUCGAGUUGGAAAGGGACACCGUUGGGUAUAGCAUUGAGGGUGGCCGAGGUCUCGGCAACUCGGAAAUGCUACGCAUUUCGUUCCAAGUUGAACUUGAACGGUACGGCACGGCGAUUGCUUGGCUACGGGAACUCUCAUGGAGCUCAAUUUUCGACGUCAAACGACUCCGGACUAUUACGAGUAGACUGCUUUCCGAUGUCCCUGACUCUAAGCGGAGUGGUGAUGACAUGCUUGCGGCCGUACAUGUCAUGGUUCACUAUGCAGCCGAGUCCAUUGUUCGCGCGCGCAGCACUUUAGUCAAAGCACGAUAUCUCAAGAGGAUUAAACGACAGCUGGCGGAGGAGCCGGACGUUGUCGUUUCACGUAUGGAGGAGAUCAGAAACGCUCUUUUCCAGUUCGAAAAUAUCCGAAUAUUGGUUAUCGCCGAUCUUGAGAAACUGCCUAACCCUGUCUCAACCUGGAAGCCUUUUGUUGAGCGCCUAGGCGCCAGUAAACCCCUCAAGCCCAUCACAUCCAGAAGGGCGCUGCUCAGUCCAGCAGGCAAGAGUCUAGGCGGAGAGGCGUACGUGGUUCCUAUGCCAACGAUUGAUUCAUCCUUUGCCUACGCCACCGCACGGGGUCUCGAUUCUUACGUUGAUCCCAAGCUUCCUGCGCUCCUGGUGGCAAUUGCGUAUAUGAAUGCCGUCGAAGGCCCUCUCUGGGUUGCUGUCCGCGGCAAGGGACUGGCAUAUGGCACCACUUUCGCAUACAAUAUUGACACAGGAUUCGUCAACUUCGACGUUUACCGCUCGCCCAACGCCCACAAGGCAUUUGAGUCAAGCAAGGAAAUUGUGCAGGCGCAUCUUUCCGGAGAGGCACCCUUUGACCCAUUGAUGUUCGAGGGCGCAAUCAGCAGCAUCGUGGUCACUUUUGCAAAUGAGCAAGUAACCCUCGCUAACGCGGCCCAGGGAAGCUUCACUCGACAGGUUGUGCGCGCCUUGCCGAGUGAUUAUAAGGAAAAAAUUCUCAAGGAAGUCCGUGGCAUCAACGUUGAUGAUGUCAAGCAGGCUCUACGGGAGAUAAUUCUUCCUCUUUUCUCUCCGGACACAGCGAAUAUCGUGAUUACUUGCACUACUGUGCUGCAAGAGACGAUAGAGAAGGGUCUCAAGGAGUCCGGGUUCUCCCCCGAGGUGCAGCCGCUCAAGGAAUUCGAGGACGAUUAUGGACUUAAGGUCGGCAACAACAGCAAUGGCGACGACGAUGAAGAUGAAGACGAUGAUGAGGAUGAGUCCGGGUCGGAAGAAGACUCUGGUGAUGAUGAUGAAGAAGAUGAGGAUGAUGAGUGA